AUGGCCAAACAGAAAGUGGACUUUGAAAACAGGUGCUUUCAAAAGAGGUGGGAGGCAGAGUGUCUGUUUACUGACAUUGAAGAUAAGGCCCUGUGCCUUGUUUGUGGAGCUAAUGUGAUUGUACUUAAAGAAUAUAACAUGAGACGGCACUAUGAGACGAAACGUCAGGACAAGUACAAAAACCUGCCCAUACAGCAGAAGCUAAAGAAGGUGGAAGAGUUUUAAAAGAGUCUGAUGUCACGGCAGCAUUUGUUCAGAAAAGCAAAAUCACAAAGUGAAGCUGCUGUGAAGGCUAGUUUUAUAGUGGCAGAAGAGCUAGCUAAAUCAGCCCAGCCAUUUACAGAGGGGGAGUUUCUGAAUUUCUGCAUGAUUAAAAUGUGCAGCUUGUGUCCAGACCAAAAGCAAGCAUUUUUUAAUGUAAGCCUAAGUAGAAAUACUAUGGCUGAUCAGAUAUGUGAGCUUGCUACUGAUUUACAAGUACAAUUGAUUGAAAAGGGAAAAGAUUUCACUGCAUAUUCUCUUGCUGUGGAUGAGAGCACUGACAUCACUGGCAUGGCACAGCUGGUAAUCUUUAUCCGUGGAGUCGACUCAAGUUUACACAUUACAGAGGAACUUUUGGAUAUGAAAUCAAUGCAUGGCACUAUCACAUGUGUAAAUGACAUGAAACUGCCCUGGGACAAACUUACAGGACUGACAACAGAUGGAAGACCUUCGAUGUGCAGGGAAAAGAGUGCAUUAAUGGGAAGGAUGCAAGAGAAGAUGAAGAGCAAGAAUUGCACAGCCAGGUCUCUAGACAAACUUUAUAAUUUUGCUGACUGCUCUGGCCUGCAUCUCAUCUUUGCACUAAAUGCUUUGCGCCGGAAUCCCAACAAUUCCUGGAACAGCUCCAAUGCUCUCAGCCUGCUCAAGUACAGUGCCAGCAAGAAGUACAAUAUCUCCUGGGAGCUGGGCAACGAACCAAAUAAUUACCGAACCCUCACAGGACGAGCAGUGAAUGGCACUCAGUUGGGCAAGGACUAUAUGCAGCUGAAGAGACUGCUACAAUUAAUCCGCACCUACUCCCGAGCCAGUCUGUAUGGGCCCAAUAUUGGGAGACCUAGGAAAAAUGUUGUCACCCUCUUGGAUGGGUUCAUGAAGGUGGCAGGGAACAUAGUAGAUGCAGUUACCUGGCAACAUUACUACCUUGAUGGCCGAGUGGCCAAGGUGACGGACUUCCUGAAAACACGCCUGUUAGACACACUCUCUGACCAGAUCAGGAAAAUCCAGAAAGUGGUCAAUGCACACAUGCCUGGAAAAAGGAUUUGGUUAGAGGGUAUCGGGGCUGCUUCUGAAGGAGGCAUCACUAAUCUCUCAGAUUCCUAUGCUGCCAGUUUCCUGUGGCUAAACUCUCUUGGGAUGCUAGCGAACCAGGGCAUUGAUGUGGUAAUGAGACACUCAUUCUUUGAUCAUGGGCACAACCAUCUUGUGGACCAGAACUUCAACCCAUUGCCGGACUACUGGCUGUCACUGCUAUACAAGCAACUUGUUGGACCCAGAGUACUUGCUGUUCAUGUAGCUGGACUGCAGAGAAAACCUCGCCCUGGCAGGGUGAUUCGUGAUAAGUUACGCAUCUAUGCUCACUGCACCAGUUACUACAACCAUAAUUAUGUCCGUGGUUCUAUCACAAUUUACAUUAUCAACUUGCAUCGGUCACGAAAGAAAAUUAAGUUGGUAGGGACCCUUCGGGACAAGCUUGUCCAUCAGUAUGUGCUGCAACCCGAUGGUCAGGAAGGACUUCAGUCAAGGUCUGUGCAGCUUAAUGGACAGCUCCUCACUAUGCUGGAUGAUGGAACCUUGCCAAAUCUGAAGCCUCGUCCUCUUCGUCCUGGCCGAACCCUUGUUAUUCCACCUCUCACUAUGAGCUUCUACGUGGUGAAGAAUGUUAAUGCCCUGGCGUGCCGGUACCGGUAGCUCUACCAAACCCUACUGCCAAGGGCAGACCUUGAGACCCUCUUGGGCCACUUCUUGGCAGGGGUGUGCAGACAUAAACAGGAAAAUGAGGACAGAAGUGCCUCCAGGAAAACACUGGCUAUCCACAGCUGUUUCACAUGUUCUUAUGGUCCUAGCAUCCCCACCUGCUAUGGUGAUUUCCAAAUAAGCAGUAUUUUAAACCCUUUAGACUAUUAUAGAGUGGGGACUUUGUGCCACCUUGUGGGCAACGAAGAAGCUGUAAUAUGAAGCUGUAAUAUUUCUGGUUUUCUCUGCUCAGCAAGUGCAAAGUCAAGAUGCAUCGAUCCAUCAAGCCAGAGGCUACCAAAACAGUAUCAGCAGAAAGAGGCUUAGAAUCUGCUAUUUCAACUUUAUCCCUGUGGGUGGUGUGCCCCCUACUGGCAAGUGGCAACAGAACAAGCAAUGUAGCCAGGAAAACACAUCUAGAGGAGCCAGAAUUGUAUCUUGAAGAAUUAAGCACCCAGUGGUGCUGCAGAAGAAAGACAACCCAGAUAUGAAAUUAUCUAUAGCUGCUUGAGCCUAUGGCAUUGUGGGAUGGAAAAGAAGAGGAUUGGUCUUGGCCACUGUAAAUAGUGCUGCCUCCUGGGAGCAUUUGCUGUAAAUGUUAACUAUUAAAUUAUAUUUUCUGAAAAGCUGAAAAAAAUACUUGUAAGAACAGAGAAAUUGAGGCUUUUAAAAAGUUUCCUACUUCUUGGGGCACAGAUAAAUUAUAUCAGAUGGUGCGUGAAUGACAUAUUUAAAAACAGCUAUUAUAUUUCUGUUUCAAUAUUCUGAAGCCUCUGCAUCAUACUAAGUCUGGGCUGCAAAACUCUGUAUGGCAGCAAAGAACUAUAAUCUACUAUGUCUCUUUGCUUUCAUUUGGUGGUCCUUCAGAUUUUUUGCUAACCAGAGCCAGUAGCUCUAUCCCUGCACUUUCUAAAAGUGGUGUUUAUAUUAAUUUAGAUGUCACAACUAAUUAUGAGCAACCAGACAUCUAUUAUGUUACCAAUAACCGUGCACACUUUUCCAGUCUGAGGAUCCAUCCUAUUCUUUUCACUCUCAUGCAUAAUUAUCUAGCCUUUUAGAUACAGUCCACUCCACAUUAUUCAUCUCUAUUCAUUUCAUCUAACUCAAAUGUUACUAAAAGAAGCAAAGCAUUUAUACAGUAUUCUCCAAGAUUAAAUUAAGUUAGCCUGGGAGGAAGAUAAUUCAUAUAUAAAGUCUUGGGGGUUUUUUGGGUUGACAUUAAAUGUAAACGAUAAGGACAUUUAAAAUAAAAAUGAAACUUCCACUAUGUUAAUAUAUACUUCUUGUCAAUAGGAAAAGAAAAAGAAGAAGAAUGAGAAACUAGAAGAGGUGCAAAAGAAAGAACUUUUCACAAGUGCCGUCUAAUAAGAGUAGUUAAUUCUUUAUUGUUUUGUUAUCAAGUAGAGGCCUCACCAAACGACUUGCCUAAUUAUUUAAUGGCCUCUCAAGUUCAAAAAUAGUUUUGACAUAGAUUUAUUUUAUUAUAGAAUGAAAAUUUCUAAACUAGUUUUCUUGAUCCUUUUUGCUCAUAAUUAUUUUGUUAUGUGCAUGAUUGAUUUAAUUUCCUCUAGGACAGCAAACCAAUUACAGAAAAAAUUGUGCCACUGUUGUUGUUAGGCAUGCAAGACCAGGAAUAAAGCAAACUAAGUCCGAAUCAUAUUAUUUAUGUAAUGCUUUAGAGUUUUCAAUUACUUUAGAUAUAGUAUUAUUGUUGUUGUUGUUAUUGUUAUUAUUAUUAUUAUUAUUCAUUACAAUAACUGUAGAAGAUAGAUCAGCAUUUUUAGUUCUAUAUGACAAAUGAAGGAUGGGCAUAGAAGAAGCAGUAACCUGCCUUGAAAGAAACUGAGCAAAUACACAGCAAAGGCAAGAACAACGAAUGUUUUGAUUAAUGGAUUAGCUUAUAAAUGUUGUAGUAAUGAUUUACUGUAUUAACAGGGUGAACUAAAUGAUCUUUGUGACAUAUUCCAAGUGCAAUGCUAUGCUUCCAGCAAAACCAUUGCUCAUCACAGUGUAAAACUGAACAACAUUUUUGCAAAAACUGAUGACUGAUUUGCCAAAACUCCUAGUACCUUUUACUGGGAUUGCCUGGGAUGCUAUGCUUGCCUAUAACUUGUGAAACAGUCUUGAGUUUCUGAACAUAAUUGCAGAAGCUGUAUUCCCCACUUUGUUUCUCCCUGUCCUCUCACCCAACUCUGUUGUUCUGUCUGCUCUGCAGUAAAAUAUAUUGUAGCCUGAAUUAGAUGUACGGAAUAUGAAAAAUGAAUUGUAAAACAACAAUAGAUGCCACCUCCAACCAUCAAUGCAAAUAUUCUCCCUUUUUGCAUCUUCUCUGAGAAUUACUGAGUAGGGUUGGACCUGGCUGGUAUUUAGAUGUGAGGCCACCAAAAAAAGGCCAGACUGGGAACAAGAAAAUGCAUUCCACAAGAAAGGCAACUAGAAAACAUUUCUCUAUUGCUACACACAAAAUAACAUGAAAUCCUCCACUUAAACUCAACUCCUUCUUGUCCUGUCUCUAAACUGACAAACUUGUAAAGGAUAGAAAAUGAUAGUGUGGAAGGAUUGGAAUACUCUCAGAAUGAAACAAAACAGAAAAGCAAAAUUUAGUGUCACUUACAGUUGAGAAAAAUAACCUGCAAAUAUUUAAUCCAAAAUAGUAAAAAUGAGAGGUACACAAUAUUCCUUCUCUAAUUCAACUUUAUAAAAAAAGAGUUGUGGAGAAUUUAGUUUUUUAAAAAAAAAAUACUAAAAUAACAAAAUAGAAUUGUUGAACAGCAAAAUGAAACAGUACUGUGUUGUGGCCUGUUCCUUGUCACAUAAAGUCAUAGCAAUUUGUGAAUGUUGGGCCAAUAUUUUCUACAGGAUUCUUCCUGUGGCUCUUUUGGUCCUUUUCUGCACUGGCAGUAGUGCAUCAAAGUAAUUCCAUGACUUGUGCUCCAUUGCUCAAGAGAUUAUUUUUCUACAGGCAUUUCCAGGUUUCAGCUCUGUGGGAACCAUCGACAGCAUGUGCUUGUUAAUCCGUACCCCCUAAAGAUAAACAGGACUACUUCCUCCAUAUAGGUUUUGUAUCCAAAGUAGUACAAAGUAGUCUUUGGUAACCACAUCACUUUUUUAUAUUCAAUUAUUGUAAAAAUCCACUUUAUUUCAAUUUAAGAUUGAAUAUGAUAUAAUUGGAUUGAGCAGUCUAAAGGUUUAGGUGUGAGUAAAAUAUCACACCUGUGAUAUCACAACUGUGUCCUUAAAUUGUUCAAUGACAGAAAAUUAACAUAUGGAGAAACCCUUGUUUCUUUCCCCAAGACAAAGUGUUCCUACCACUUCAUUUCAGAUCACUUACUGUUGAAAUGCAUUUUAUUUUGACUAAAUUUCUAUAAAGUGAAGAAUAUUAUGUGAACUUAGCCAUUUUGCUGUAUUCAAUGAAUCAUAGUUAAACAAACCAUGGUGUGUGCGAACCAAUCUAGAAGAGUAUAAAAAGUUUAGAAGUGUCCAAGUAAAAGAUGAAAAGUCUUACGUUGACUAUCCCAGUUCAGUAUAUAUGAACAGAAAUAUUUUUUACUAUUUUCCAGUUUGUAAUUGGGAGGAUGCAUUAUUUUCCUGAUCAGAAGCUUCCAUUAUCUUGUACCAGAAAGCACAACUGCUUACAGUCCUAGCAAUUCUAAGAUUUUCCUAAGAAAAUCUAGAAAUGUGUAUGUCAUCCAGAAUUGCGAGAUGAUAUGGCCUAAAAUAUAAUUAAAUACAUUUCAUAUCUGA